UUGUACGAUUGAAAUAUAGUGAAAGUAUAUGUACCUAUGUGUUCUUUUGUAUAGUAAACAAAAAUCUUAGUGUUGAGCACAGUUCAAAAUAGUUAUCUUUGACCUUAGUGCAUACUUUGUGUCAAUACUUAACCUUAAAACUGAGAUUAUAUUAUGAAAACAAAUUAUUUUUUAAAUUUGUAAAUUGUUAUUUGUAAUCCAGCAACUAAAAUAAAAUUAGAAAAAUGUCGUAUUUAACGAGAAAAGAAAUAGACGAAAUGAAGCCUCAGAUUGAAAAAGCGGUUCACAAGUUCCUUGGCUUCAGUGAACCAGCAAUAGUUACUACUGCUGUAAAUUGUAUCACUUCUGGGUAUGAUAAACGUAAAACAGCAGACAAAUUAUCAGCAUUAUUAGAAGAGAAGAAAGCUUCUAAAUUGACAGAAAAAAUAUUUACAAUAUACGAUGAUACUAAAGCAGCUCAAAAAAACAAAAAGAGAGCUCAUGCCGAAGAUAAGGAUAAAGAAAAAGAUGUAAAGAAAUCAAGAUUUAGAGAUGAUGAUGUAAAAAAUGACAAGCCUAUAGAGACUCAAUAUUCUGAAGAUAAGAUAAGACAAAUGAUGGCUAAUGCACAAAGGGAAAUAGAAGAGAGGAAAAGAGCUUUGAAAGCAACAAACCAAGAAGAUAUUUCUGCAAAGCCGCUAUUCAAGGGACGUGACACAUUACCUACAGUAGGGAGCAUGUAUAAUCAGGGCCUAUUAAGUAAAACGGAUUCAGACAAGGCACGGAAAAUAGCUGCAUUGCAAGCUCAAAUCAGGAAUAAGCUAAACUCAGGGGUACUUGGUAAUGUUAAUGUACCAGACAAACCAACACCUUUAAUCUUAGAUGAAUCUGGCAGAACAGUAGAUAUAACAGGCAAAGAAGUGCAACUCACUCAAGUAGUACCCACUUUAAAAGCUAAUAUACGUGCGAAGAAGAGGGAAGAAUUCAAGGCUCAGUUGCAAGAGUCGAAAGGUCCAGAAGAGAUACAAGAUACGUACUUUUUCGACAAUAGAAUAAGAGUGAAAUCAGCGGUACGCGGUAAACGUUCAUUGAAAUUUCACGAACCGGGCAAGUUCCAACAACAGGCGGAAAGAAUGCGCAUGAAGGCGCAAUUAGAAAAACUACAAAAUGAAAUUAGUCAAAUUGCUAGAAAAACUGGUAUUAGUUCGGCGACUAAAUUAGCUCUCAUAGCACCUAAGAACGAAGCUCUCUCUGAAGAUGUGCCUAAUGUGGAAUGGUGGGAUUCCGUUAUAUUAACCGGUGGAUAUCCCAAUGAAGAUGAGCCAACGACAAUCAAAAGUUCUACUAUCACCAAUUUAGUGGAGCAUCCGACGCAAAUGCGAGCCCCGACGGAUCCUCUGAAGCCGAUAUACAUGCCUGUUUUCCUCACGAAGAAAGAACGUAAGAAAUUGAGGAGGCAAAAUAGACGAGAGGCAUGGAAGGAAGAGCAAGAGAAGAUUCGAUUAGGAUUAGAACCACCGCCAGAGCCGAAGCUACGUAUCUCGAAUCUCAUGCGAGUUUUAGGGACCGAAGCUGUGCAGGAUCCUACUAAAAUCGAAGCUCAUGUACGGCAACAAAUGGCCAAGAGAUUGAAAGCCCAUGAGGACGCGAAUGCAGCGCGGAGACUUACUGCUGAUCAACGUCGCGAGAAAAAAGCUAGGAAACUUAAAGAAGAUACCAGUCUCGGUGUACACGUUGCCGUUUACAGAAUACGCGAUCUUACGAACAACAAUGCCUCAAAGAAAUUCAAAGUGGAAACCAAUGCGAAACAACUCUACCUCACCGGUUGCGUGAUGCUGUUCAGAGACUGUAAUGUUAUUGUAGUAGAGGGCGGAGCGAAACAAUUGGCCAAGUACAAACGAUUGAUGAUGCAUCGCGUCAAGUGGGAAGAGGAUAUAGUAAAGGAUAACGACGGGAACGACGUACCAAACAGAUGCGUGCUAGUUUGGGAGGGAACGAGCAAGCAACGGCAUUUCGGCGAUGUGAAGACUAAAUUGUGUCCGAUCGAGAAGAUGGCUCGAGAACAUUUCAAGAAGCAUCAAGUCGAGCACUAUUGGGACCUGGCCUACAGUGGCGCGGUUCUCGAUAACACAGAUGACGUACGUUCUUAAGACGUACUCUUGUAAAUUAACGAGGCGUAUACUAUUACAAAUGCAGUGAUAAAUUUCUGUACAACUUAAUAAAACGGAGGUACUAUGAGGAGACAGACAAAAGAGAUGUAUCGGUGACUGAUAAAACAUAAAUAAAAAAAAAAUAGUGGUA